AUGACACUAUUACGAAAAUUUAUUACGGUUAAAACAUAUUUCCGUUAUUUACAAACGUUUUAUAAUCGUACACCAGCUGAAGUUCGAUAUCGUGCCAAAUCAAGAAUGUUAAUAACACAAAAAAUCGAUACACCCGAGUAUCGUUCAAUAAUAACACCACAAUUGUCAAAACUAAUUAAAUUAUUCAAAGAAAAUAAUUAUGAAUUACGAAUAGCUGGUGGUGCUGUGCGUGAUAUACUAAUGAAUAUUCAACCACAUGAUGUUGAUUUUGCUACAACAGCAACACCCGAUCAAAUGAAAGAUAUAUUUACAAAAGCAAAUAUAAGAUUGAUUAAUUCGAAUGGAGAAAAACAUGGCACAAUAACAUGUCGUGUGGAUGAUUUGGAAAAUUUUGAAGUAACAACAUUGAGAGUAGAUGUUGUCACUGAUGGAAGACAUGCAGUAGUAGAAUUUGUUAAAGAUUUUGCAUUGGAUGCUAGUCGACGAGAUUUAACAGUUAAUGCAUUAUAUCUUGAUUUCGAUGGUAUUAUAUACGAUUAUUUUAAUGGUAUUGAUGAUUUAAAGAAUAGACGUAUUCGAUUUGUUGGUGAUCCCGUUCAUAGAAUACAAGAAGAUUAUCUUCGAAUAUUAAGAUAUUUUCGGUUUUAUGGACGUUUAGCUGAAUAUCCAAAUUCACAUGAAGAAAGCACAUUGACAGCUAUAAGAGAAAACGCUGUAGGUUUAAAAGAAAUUUCUGGCGAAAGAUUAUGGUCUGAACUUCGACAAAUUGCCGAAGGUCGUUUUGCUGGACCAGUCAUUCGAAAAAUGCUCGAACAAAACAUUGGAAUAUAUUUAGGUAUUCCUCCACCUACUGAUCUUGAUGAAUUUGAAAAACAUUGUGAGAAAUGUAAAGAAAGUAAACCACGAGCAGCUACGAUUUUAACGAAAUUAUUUCGUAAUAUUCAAGAGCUGGAAACAUUUGAAAUGCGAAUGAAAUAUUCGAAUGAAACAAAACGAUUAAGUCAAUUAUUAGUGACAUAUCGUGAUAUAACUCAGCUCAUCACAACAAAUGCAUCAUCCAAUCGUUUAAAAGCCUAUAAAGAUCUUGUUAUUGAUUUAGUUGUCGUUGAUCCCUCAGCUAAAGAAAAAGUGACUGAAUUAUUAAAAUAUCAAGGUCAUACUCAGUUGUAUAGUGAAUUAGAACAAUGGAAAAUACCAAAAUUUCCGAUAUCCGGUGGAAUGUUGGCAUUAAAAGGUAUCAAACAAGGACCGAAUUAUAAAAUUAUACUUAAUGAAUUAAAAGAAAUAUGGAAAGAAUCAAAUUAUGAAAAAACAGAAAAGGAACUAUUAGAAAACUGCUUGCCAUCCGUACUAGAAAAAUUAUCGAAUUCAACUACAACUACUGAAAUAGCGUCUACAUCACCACCAGCCUUUGCAUCAGUCAAACGAUAUAAAAAACUCAAAAAAGAUGAUACGGCAACUAGAGUGGGAAAUGCCGAUGAUAUGAUACAAAACAACAUAAAAACAGCAUCUAUGUCAGUUUAA